AUGGCCACAGAAGGUAGCCGUAAGAAGCUAAAGACGAUCGAUUUGACCACUACUACAUAUCGGGAAAAGCUCAUCUCCACAAGCACCAUAUCAGCCAAAACCAACACCGUUGCCACAAGAAUUUUACUUGAUGAUGCCCACAAUGGUUUCAAGAAUGGGAAUUUCGUUUGUUUGCCAUUUUCACUUGAGACCGUGUUGGGAAUGCUUGCUGCUGGAGCCCAAGGCAAAACGUUGGAACAGUUGUUGGAAUUCCUUGGACAUGAAACUAUCGACCAACUUCUUUCUGAGUCUCCGAGUGCCAAACUUCUUGCACAACUUUUAUCAAACUCAAACGGAGGGGGUCUUGAUAUCGGUUUAGCAAAUGAGAUUUGGGUGGACAAGAAUCUGUUCAAUCGUGUUCAGCCUUGUUACAAGGAGGUUCUGAAAAGUGUUUACAAAACAAAAGCCAGAUUUGUGGACUUUACAAAUAAGCCUGAUAAAUCGGCCGAAAAAAUAAAUUCGUGGGUAAACAAGAAGACUAGAGGUGUGAUCCCCACUAUUGUUAAUGUGGGAGAUUUGGAAGGUGUGGUGAUUGCCCUUGCGAACGCCUUGUAUUUUAAAGGGUUAUGGUUUGAACCGUUUGAUACAGAGUUUACAGAGGAGAAAGACUUUCAUCUCAUGAAUGGAGAGACUGUUUUGGUCCCCUUUAUGACUAGCUAUAAGGACUUCGACUAUGGUUCUUUUGAAGGUUGCCAAAUCCUCAAAAAUCCGUAUGAAAGUAGUGAAGGCCAAUCGAACAAAUUCUCCAUGUAUAUCUUUCUUCCCGAUAGGAAAGAUGGAUUGAAGGAGCUCCUACAACUUUUUCAUUCUGAUCCUGCUUUAUUUCAUACGAAAUUUUACCUUGAUUUCACUGAAUUCAAUGAGCUACGAAUACCCAAGUUCACGAUAUCCAGUAAGUUUGAACCUAGAGAUGCUAUGGAACAAAUGGGAUUGACAUUGCCUUUCCAACCAAAGAAUAUGGAGCUUAACAGGAUCCUAGAGUCUAGAAAUCCCGGUGAUGGUAUGCUUUAUGUAUCGAAAAUACUUCAGAAAUCCUUUAUUGAAGUUGACGAGAAAGGAACAGAUGCCGCUGCUUGUAGUUCACUGAUGUUUGAAGUGGAGGAGUGUUGUCAGGAAGAUACACCUCUGCCUCUAAAACCAAGGUUAUCACAAGAAUUGUACUUGAUGAUCGAUGCCCGCAAUGGUUUCAAGAAUGGAAAUUUCGUUUGUUCUCCUUUUUCACUUGAGACGUUGUUGGGAAUGCUUGCUGCAGGAGCCGACGGCAAGACAUUGAAACAAUUGUUGAAAUUCCUUGGACAUGAAACUAUCGACCAACUUCUUUUCGAGUCACCAAGUGCCAAACUUCUUGCACAGCUUUUAUCAAACUCAAAAAGUAGUGAUACUGGAGAUAGUCUUGACAUCGGUUUAGCAAAUGCAAUUUGGGUUGACAAGAAACUGAAUGGUCAAGUUCAAUCCUCUUACAAAGAGUCUCUUAAAACCGUUUACAAUGCAAAACUAAAAUUUUUAGACUUUACACACAAGCCUGGUGAAUCUGCGGAAAAGAUAAAUUCAUGGGUAUACAAGAAAACUAGAGGUUUAAUCCCAAAUAUUGUUGAUGCGGGGGAUUUGGAUGGUGUGGUGAUUGCCCUUGCGAAUGCCUUGUAUUUUAAAGGCUUAUGGUCUGAGCCAUUCAAUACAAAGUAUACAGAGGAGAAAGACUUUCAUCUCAUGAAUGGGGAGACUGUUUCUGUCCCUUUUAUGUCUAGAUUUAAAGGGUUCAACUAUGGUUCUUUUGGAGGUUGUCAAAUCCUCAAAAUUCCGUAUGAAAGUGAAGGCCAGUCGAACAAAUUCUCCAUGUAUAUCUUUCUUCCCGAUAGGAAAGAUGGAUUGAGGGAGCUCCUACAAGUUUUUCAUUCUGAUCCUGCUUUAUUUCAUACGAGAUUUUACCUUGAUUGGACUCGAUUCGAUGAGCUAUGGAUACCCAAGUUCAAGAUAUCCAAUGAAUUUGAACUUAAAGAUGCUAUGAAACAAAUGGGAUUGACAUUGCCUUUCCAACCUAUGAAUAUGGAGCUUAACAAGAUCCUAGAGUCUAGAAAUCCUGGUGAUGGUAUGCUUUAUGUAUCGAAAAUACUUCAGAAAUCCUUUAUUGAAGUUGAUGAAAAAGGAACAGAAGCCGCUGCUUGUAGUUUCAUGUCAGUUGAAAUAGGUGCGUGUGCGCAAAGAACACCUCCGCCUCCAAAACCAAGGUUUGUGGCGGACCAUCUGUUCAUGUUCAUGAUAAGAGAAGACACUUCUCUAGUUGUUUUCUUCAUCGGAGUGGUACUCAAUCCCAACACUAUGGAUUUGGGACUGCAUCAAAAAUAUCACGAAGUGAAAAUCGGUGUCUCGGCCUUCUAUGCCUAUGCCUCCAGGGAUGGAUCCAAUUUCCUGUCUUUUUUUGGAAUCGUUGAUAAGGUUUUUUCUCGUGUCUCUGAUUUCCGUAAUUGGCUCAGAUUUUUUCAACCUUCGUGUAAUCUUAGAAGGUAA